CUUUUUCGUCUCGACAGUGACCAAUCCCGACUAGCAGCCGCGGAGUGGGGUAUUCAAGCCAAGCGUCGGACAAAGACAGCACCAGACAAGUAAGAGAGACUACAGCAGACGCACCACAGGCUUCCUCUUGGGGCUCUCUCUACGUACACUCUCAGUGUGUACGUGCGCAGUGAGGUCGACGGAUAACGGAGCCUGUUUGCAGUAACUUCUUAUUUUUCGUUACCUCGUUAUAUUUAAGAAACGAGGAAAGUCGGCAAAAGUGUCAGUCGUAACUCCAAAUCGUGAUCAAGUUCGAUUCUCUCCGCCCCACUCCACCUCGACCGCGUGAGACUACAGCUGAUUGAUAUAGACGGAGACAGACAGAGAUAUAUAUAUAUAUAUCUUAUACAGUUGUGCAGUGCCUAUCUCGUAUAUAGCUGUGUGCUUGCGCGCGCGCGCGUGUGUGUGUGUGUGUGCACUGGUAGACGGUGAAGUGUGAUAUUCCAAGCCUUGUUUCGUCUACCGUAUACGAGUACAAAGAGAAAGAGAGCUUUUAUUAUCUCGCGGAGGAUGCGAAGAGAAGAUUAGAGUGCAAGAUAGUGUUGGUGUCCAAUGCCGUGCGAGUGUGCGUGCAAGCGCCAGCAAGAGCGAGAGCUACUUCAAAACGUGCCAAGGUGUGACUGCGCAGGCGCACUUGUUAAGAUGUAAAACAAUGUGCAAUUGAAGAAAGAAAGAGACAAUCACAUUCAGAAGUGCUGAGCUAUCAAGUAGAGGAUAGUUAAGACCUAAAAACAAAGUUUGUCAGUAGGAGGAACGAAGUAAAACUCAUUGAUAAUCAUGGCAGAUGGUAACAAACCAAUGGAAAUGGAUCAGAAUCAAACGCAAGCCCAGCAGCAAUCACAGAGUCAACAAAGCCAACCUAUGAUCAUAACUACCCAGGAGAUGCAACAGAAUAUGCAGCAACAACAGAGUCAACAGCAGCAGCAAAACCAGGCUCAGCAGCAGAAUCAACAGCAAGCCAACGGGCCACAAAAGAUACAGACGCAGGUCCAAGUCCAGCCGCAGGUGGCAACAAUAAUGCCACAGCAGCAUUUACAGGACACUGUAUCAGUGUCGAUGCACCAGCAGCAACAAUCUCAACAAAGCGUCGGCGGUGUAUCGAUGACCCUGUCGGGUCAGCAAGGUGCCACGACAAUCACGACAAUGGCCGCGCAUCCGCAGGCAGUUCAAGUGAUACAGCAGCCAAUGCAGAAUCAGUAUCAUUUGCAACAAUUGUACAAUGCCCAGGGUACCCCGUUGCUCAUGCCUGGCAAUCUCUUGGCUCAUCCAGCUGGCAUCAAUCCAUCGCCCAUCCAGGUGCAGUUCAACAACAUCGCGGGAAAACCCUUCCAAGCGGGCGCUCAACUGGCGGCGCCGCACAUGUUGACAACGGCGUCGACGGGCCAAGGUGGUGGCCACCCGGGAGCCGCCGGGGCUAAGGUCCAGGGUUUUCCGGCUGGUUACAUUCCCGUGCCGACGUCCGCGACGCCCGGCGCCGGACAGACUCUCGUCUUCGGGCAGCUGGAGGUGCUCCCGCAGCACCAGACCUCGAUCCAGCAGCAGCAGCAGCAACAAGCUGGCAACAAGACUGAUCAGGUGCAAAAGUACACGACGUGCGCGGCGAGUGCGGCCUCCGGACAGAAUCGCCAGAUGCAGUUCGCGCCUUGGCAAUUCGCGACGGCAACCGGCGGCAUCUGGACGGGGUUGCAGCCGCAGCUCCUCGCUGCUGCGCCCAACCAGAUAUUCAUCAGGGACCCGCAGACAGACAUGUUCAUCCAGAGUCCGCAGCCGCUGCAGGCCCACAACGCACUGGCGGCCCAGCAGCAGAUACAGGGCGUGCAGCAGAUCGCGACGACCGGCGGUAAGCCCCGAGUGAUGAACAUCCAGCAACAGCAGCAGCAGCAGACCGGCAAGCAGGGGGUGGUGGGCCAGCGACCGCUGAGCAUCCUGCCCUCGUCGCUGCAGGGCGUGCAAGCCGCCAACAUUCGGCCCGCCAGCUCGGUGUCCACCCAGACGAACCACGGCGUGCAGUCGACGGUUCACGCGCAGAGUGGCCAGAAAGGCGGCGGCGCCGGCAAAGGUCGCGGCAAACCGGUGGUGCGCACGAGCCCGGGCCCGAACGCCAUGGUCUCGGUGACCAAGGCCGGUGGCGGAGCCAGCGCACCGACCAGCGCCUCCCAGCCGAAGCUCGUGAUGCAGCAGCAGCAGCAGCAACAGCAGCAACAACAGCAGCAGCAACAACAGCAGCAACAACAACAGCAGCAGCAGCAGCAACAGCAGCAGCAACAGCAACAGCAGCAACAAGGCGCCGCGACUGCAACCACCACGGCCAACGGCAAAAUGCUGAUAGCCACGAGCACCGCUUCCGUGCAGCCCGCGCCUGGCUCGCCGAUGACCGAUAAGCAGAACUUCGGCCAGCAGCAGCAGCAGCAGCAGGCCAACAAGCAGAGCGUGAUGCAGUCGUCGCAGCAGGCUCAAGCGCAGCAAGUCCAGGCUCAGCAAGUGCAGGCUCAGCAGCAGGCCCAGCUGGCGGCUGCUCAGCAGCAGCACAUCCAGCAGAUCUUCAUUCAGCAGUUCCAGCAGCAGCAGCAGCAUCUACAGCAGCAGUACCAGCAGACGCCGCAGGGCCCGCAGCAGAUCCAGCCCAAACCGCUCAUGGGCAUGGCAGUGCAACAACCUGGUGGUCAGCAGCAAAACGUAGUCCUCGGUGGCGAGCGCCCGAUAAUGCCGGUAGUCUCGAUCAAUCCGGCACUGAUCGGCAAUCAAAUAGUCGGCGGUGCGCAUCAAAUACAGGCCCUGCCGAUAGUCAGCCAAUCGCCCGAGCAGAUAGCCCUCGCCCAACAGCAAAUGCAGCAGGCCGCCGCCGCGGCAGUGCAACUGCAGCAACAACAGGUGCCGACCGAACAGCCUGGCGCGAGUAUGCCGAUGCUGGUGACCUCGCCCGAGAGAGCUGCCGGCGCACCCGCCGAGCUACAGAGUAUGAUGCCACCACCUGCUGCUACGCCCAUGAAUGUCGACGAAGCCAAGCCGGCCACGGCUACGCCCAGCAAAAAGGAUUCCGAGGAGAGCAAUGGCGAAGCUCACGAAGCGGAGAGAAACGCAAAGGAAGACGACGCCGCAAAGACUGACGACAAAACAUCGUCGAAUCCCCUGAUAAAUUUGGCGAACGCCGUUAACUCGAUAACCAACGGCAACAUCGGUGAAGAAACGACCGUCCUCGAGUCCUUGCCGACUACGGUGAACAAGCAAGUGCCUCCAAAGGCGAUGGUCAAGCCACAAGUACUGACGCACGUGAUUGAAGGCUUCGUCAUACAGGAAGCUUCGGAGCCGUUCGCUGUGAAUCGAUCAUCGCUCAAUGGUUCGAUAACCCAAGAGAACAGCAUCGGUAGAAACUCCGCCGACAAAGAAAACCACGAAGAACCGCCGAACAAACGUAAGAAAACUGUCAAUCACAAUACAGAUAACGAGGCUGGGCCUGGUAAAUGCGAAAACUGCAAUACAGUUCUCGACGAGACGAGUAUGAAAUUGAAAAAAGACAAAAGAUUCUGCACAAACUAUUGUGCUAAAGCGAAAAAGAAAGAACUGAAGGAAAUGGCUGAAAAACAAUGGACUGAAAUUGAUAUCGAUAAAAAUGACACGGAUUCGUUGAAAAAAAAUGGAGAUGACAAGCCUUUAUCUAAUUUAUCGAAUGUAGCAGCAGAUAGUAAUUUGCCAAGAAUCAACCCUGUGAAAUGGAGCGUCAAUGAAGUAUGCGACUUUAUUCGAAACCUACCUGGAUGUGCGGACUACGCUGAAGACUUCGCGAUUCAAGAGAUCGACGGUCAGGCUUUGAUGCUCCUCAAAGAAGACCAUUUAAUGUCAGCCAUGAGUAUAAAACUUGGUCCAGCUCUCAAGAUCGUCGCGAAGAUCGACUCGAUGCGCGAUGACUCAGGUCCCAGUACAAGUCCCGUGGCCGGCGCUCAAGUUUGAGUGUUUACAUUCCACGAUAGCUAUGUAACUAUGUAAAAUAACGCCACUUUUUGUACUCGAGAGUGUAAAUAGUCAAGUUAGUUAUGAUACUGCACAAAAGAUAAGUUACUAUAUUGAUGUUUUAUUCUUUUUUCUGUUAUGACGUAAAUCUAAGAUUGAAACAAAUUCGACGAUUUAUUGAUUUUUUUUUUUAAGAAAGAAGUUAAUUUACUACAAUCAGCAAAUAAUUAGCUUUAAAAAGAAUAAGUUACGUGAGGUUUUCGACGGAACCGAAUGAAAGAAUGCCGGUGCAAUACAUUUUUUGAAAAUGCAUCGCGAUUUUCAAUAUAUAUAGCUAUUUUGAACAAAUAAAUAUAGUUAUUGCUAGUAUGCUAUUCUCGAUAGGCAAGAAAAUGAAAAAAAUGUAAACUUCUUUCACAUAAGUAAAAGAAGUUCAGAUUGUAAGAAACGUUUAGAAUAUGUAAGUGUACAUAUUACAUCUAAGAUGUUUAUUUCAAUACAAAUUUUAUAUAUUAAAGCGAAACUUAAUUUAAAAAUUUAAUAAUGGCUCAUCCAUGUAUAUUGUCAUAAUAAUAAAAUUUCCAAUUUGCAAGAAAUUAUAAAAGCAAAUUUGGAUUUGCUCAUAAAAAAUCACACUAUUUUUCAUGUCGAGCGAAAAUUUAUUCUAAAAAGUGAAGAAAUAAAACCAUUGUGAAAAAAAUGUGUAUUUGUAUUACAAAGUUCGAGCAACUGUACUUACAGCUGAAAAUCUCAUAACUUUUUAUAAAAAAAAAGUGUUUCUAUGCAAUUUGGAA